GUAUUUUCAGCGUACCCAGUGUCUCCUGCAAAACAGAACAGAACUGCCCGAUCAGCUGUUACAAGCGACGUAGUUUCCAUUAUCGGCUCUAGUUGAGGUGCUUUCUUUUUUCUUUUCUUUUUUCACUGAGUAACUCAAAUGACCUCCUGUGUGUAAACCAUAGACUGUAGAUACGUGUAAACCCAACAUGGACAACCGUAAAAGGCCGUUCGACGGAGGGUUGAGCCCUGAUGAAAGCUUCAAAACGCCGGAGAAGAAAGUGUCAGCGGUCCGGCUGCAGGACUCGGACUACAUGCAAUGGGGAGUCGAGGAAACUUGUCGCUACCUGCGUAGAGAAGAUCUCGGAGAAUUUGAAGAUACAUUUCGAGCACAAAAAAUCACAGGAGUCGGCCUGAGGUAUCUGAAUGACAGCGAUCUGGAGAAGAUUGGCAUUGAGAGCCUUGGUGACCGGCUGCGGAUCAUACACAGCCUCAGGAAGCUGUGGCAGAUAACAGCAGAGCCAAGCAAGGUGUUUAAUGAUCCCAUUCAUGGUCACGUGGAGUUACAUCCUCUACUCAUCAAAAUCAUUGACACGCCUCAGUUCCAGAGACUACGAAACCUCAAGCAGCUUGGAGGGACCUACUUAGUUUUUCCUGGAGCGUGUCACAACCGCUUUGAACACUCGAUCGGGGUGGGUCACUUGGCAGGCCGACUUGUUCAAGCUCUGAAUGAGAGGCAGCCUGAACUCCUCAUCUCUCGCAGAGACAUCCUCUGUGUGCAGAUCGCUGGGCUCUGCCACGACCUGGGGCAUGGGCCAUUUUCCCACAUGUUUGAUGGGAUGUUCAUCCCCAGGGCACGUCCAGGAAUAUCCUGGAAGCAUGAGACCGCCUCUCUGGCCAUGUUUGACUACCUGGUGAAUGACAACGGCCUGAAGAAAGAGAUGGAGCACCAUGGCCUGGUGCUGCCCGAGGACUUGGACUUUAUAAAGGAACAGAUCGCUGGACCACAGGGCUCUGAGGCAGCUAAGGGCCAGAAGUGGCCUUACAAAGGGCGUCGAGAAGAAAAGUCCUUCCUCUAUGAAAUCGUGGCCAACAAAAGAAACGGCAUAGAUGUGGACAAGUGGGACUACUUUGCUAGGGACUGCUACCACCUAGGAAUCCAAAACAACUUUGACUACCGACGCUUCCUGAAGUUUGCCAGGGUGUGUGACGUGGAGGGGCAGAAGCACAUCUGCACCAGAGACAAGGAGGUGGGCAAUCUGUAUGACAUGUUCCACACGAGGAACUGUCUCCACAGGAGAGCCUACCAGCACAAAGUGGGCCACAUAAUCGAGAUCAUGAUCACAGAGGCCUUUUUAAAAGCAGACAAGCACAUCCCGCUGACAGGCUCAGGAGGGAAGUCGUUCACUCUCUCCACAGCCAUAGACGACAUGGUGGCCUACACCAAGCUGACAGAUUACGUGUUUGAGCAAAUACUCAACUCCUCCAGUGAUGACCUGAAGGAGGCGAGGCAGAUUCUACAAAACAUCGUCUAUCGACGCCUCUACAAGUGUCUGGGCCAGACUCAGGCAGAGAAACCAAUAACUGUCAACCAGGAGACACUUCGCCGCUGGGAAGAAAAAUUGGCUAAGUCCAUCCCCCAAAACGGCCCCCAGGACGUCUGUCUGCAGCCAGAGGACUUUGUAGUUCGUGUCAUUAAGAUGGACUAUGGGAUGAAGGAACAGAACCCCAUCAACAACGUGCGAUUCUAUUGCAAGGACGACCCUACCAAAGCUUUCCAAAUUCGCAAGAAUCAGGUGUCUAAACUUCUCCCUGAGCAGUUCACCGAGCAGCAUAUCAGGGCCUACUGCAAGAAGACGGACAAAAAAAGCCUGGACGCUGCCAAGAAGCAAUUUGUGCAGUGGUGCAUGGACAUGAACUUCUCAAAGCCUCAGGACGGUGACAUAAUAGCUCCUGAGCUGACUCCUCUGAAGAAGAGCUGGUCAAGCACCAACGAGUGGGAGCAUGGUGGUAUUUCCAGUCAAGGACGCAGUGCUAGUGCAAAUGGACAAGAGAAAGCCAAAACUAAGCUUUUCAAGUAAGAGGAGGAGCACAAAUGACCCCUCUGUUACACAUGUUGUAGAUGGUGGAUUUGGAAGGUGUUGAGAAUAGUAGUGAGAAUUAUAUUUUUCUAUGAGGCGAGUGUGUAGAUGAGCACAGCAGAUUUUAAUAGCAAUACUUCUAUUGGAAGCUCAAUGUUUACACCAAAAAGAAUGUUUUCACAAAGGGGAAUCAUAAAUGUAUGUUCAGGGCUUAUACUCAGGUUGUGGUUUUUUUGGGGGUUUUUUUUGAAGAAGAUCCUUCUUUAGUAUUUAACACAUCCAUAAGUUUUAGUUUGAUCAUUUUAUCCGGGUUUUUAUUUUAGACUAACUUCAUUCUUAGCUGCAUCCGUCAAAUAUAGAUAUACUGUUCAUCAUUAAUAAUGUACAAUCAUGUAUUUGCACUACAAACAAUAAAUCAAGGUCAAUCUAAAUGUACUCUAAACACGAGCAUAGUAUGUUUCAGGGCAGUGUAUGUUUGUAUGUUUGUUUGUUUUUUUACAGCUGAUGCAUGUCGAGGCGGUAUUUAAUUUUGCUUUUUAAAAGUAAGUUACUCUCCAUCCGAAACACAGUUUCUGACACUGAAAGUAAGCGUCUCUUUUUACAAUUGGUAUUUUCCAAACUUCUUACUUUUAGAUGUAUUUAUAUUUCAAACCUCUUUAUUUAAUGUUCUUACAGUAAGCAGCUGAAGUCAUAUGUGUGAUGGUGUUUGUUUUUAUUUACAUUGGUGAUCUGUGCAACAUCUGAUGACUGUUUUGGAUACUAUUUAUCAAGCGUGUCUCAUUUGAGGUUGUUUUGCUUCGCGUAUGUAACGAUAUAUCUAUUUUUGAAGAAUGUAAAAGAGAAACCAAAGUGUUUGUGGAGAUCCUGUAAAUAGUAUAACUAUUGAAAGGAUUUCAAAAUAAAACUCUUGGUCCUUGUUA